UCCUGGAGCUGCACUCCUCAACUCUUUGAUACCGGGCCCUUCCACCUGCCAGAUAUACCUCUCGCCCUCCCUUCCAUCCUCUCUCCUCUCUUUGUCGCAUUCCGGGCCCUUUCAUCGUAUCAUACUCACAGCAUUCAGGCACCAUGGUCGCCAGUGCUGUCCGGAUGCGCACUCCCAGCGCCAUGCUCACCAAAGGCGCCUCCUCCCUGAGGAGGCCGCAGGUUAUGCACAGAUUCAGGGAUGCUGUUCAGUAUGUUAUAGCCUGCGCUUUAACCCUCAAGUUCCAUGUUUCGAAAGGCUGACGUUAUUACCCCUGUUUUCAGACCUCAAUUGCCCGCCUUCGCUGCCCUUUCCCGCUACUAUGCCUCCAAGUGUACGCCCAUCCAGAUUUUACUCUUCCUGUCUUCGUAGUGCAGCCAUCCAAUUCUAACAUGUCGAGUUACAGCCUUCCCCCCUCACACCAUCAUUAGCAUGCCUGCUUUGUCGCCAACGAUGCUUGCUGGAAACAUCGGUGCCUGGCAGAAGAAGCCGGGCGAUGCCCUGCAGCCCGGAGAUGUUCUGGUCGAGAUUGAGACCGAUAAGGCACAGAUGGACUUUGAGUUCCAAGAAGAAGGUGUCUUGGCUAAGGUUCUGAAGGAAACUGGUGAGAAGGAGGUUGCUGUUGGUUCUCCUAUCGCCGUCCUCGUUGAAGAGGGCACUGAUGUUUCGUCGUUCGAGUCGUUCACCGCUGAGGAUGCCGGUGGUGACAAGGGUGCUGCCCCAGCUCAGGAGAGCAAGGAAGAAUCCAAGGGUGCUACUGAUGCUGCUCCCGCUUCUACACCGGCCCCCGAGCCUGCUGCUCAGGAGCCCGAGACCUCGGGUGAGAAGCUUCAGCCCAGUCUCGACCGCGAGCCUACCAUCAGCCCCGCUGCUAAGGCUCUUGCUCUGGAGAAGGGUGUGUCAAUCAAGGCCCUGAAGGGUACUGGCAGAGGAGGUCAGAUCACCAAGGAGGAUGUUGAGAAGUACAAGCCCAGCGCUUCUGCCGCUGCUGGCCCUACCUAUGAGGAUAUUCCUAUUACUUCCAUGCGCAAGACUAUCGCCAACCGCCUUCUUCAAUCCACCAGAGAGAACCCCCACUUCUUCGUCUCGACGACUCUGUCUGUCACUAAGCUUCUGAAGCUCCGCCAGGCCCUUAAUGCCUCCGCCGAUGGCAAGUACAAGCUUUCCGUCAAUGACUUCCUUGUCAAGGCUUGUGCUGCUGCUCUUCAGAAGGUACCUGCUGUCAACUCCAGCUGGCACGAGGAGAACGGUCAGGUUGUCAUCCGCCAGCACAAGACUGCCGACAUCAGUGUUGCCGUUGCCACCCCUGCUGGACUGAUCACUCCUGUUGUGAAGAAUGUUCAGGGUCUCGGUCUCUCCAGCAUCUCUAACUCUAUCAAGGACCUUGGCAAGCGUGCUCGCGACAACAAGCUUAAGCCGGAAGAGUACCAGGGUGGCACUUUCACCAUCAGCAACAUGGGAAUGAACCCUGCCAUUGAGCGGUUCACUGCUGUUAUCAACCCCCCUCAGGCUGGUAUCCUGGCUGUUGGUACUACCCGUAAAGUAGCCGUCCCUGUCGAGACUGAGAACGGCACUGAGGUUGAAUGGGACGACCAGAUCAUUGUAACUGGCAGCUUUGAUCACAAGGUGGUCGACGGUGCCGUUGGUGCUGAAUGGAUUAAGGAGCUGAAGAAGGUUGUUGAGAACCCCUUGGAGCUGCUGCUCUAAGCUCGAUCUGGUCUGUUUGGGGUUCCAAAAUGCCAGACGUAAUACCUAUCUACGACCGGAGUUCCUUUUGGCAUUUGUUUUAAUAUGUAUUAAAAAUCAUUCUAGUGUUUUUUUGACCGUAAUUGGUCUAUCAAGUACAGUGCAUCAGAUCUAAAUCCA